AUGGUGGGGUCCAGCGAGUCGCUCGACUCCUCUCCGUGCACCAAACCCACCACCAAACAGGUAACCGCCUUAAAGCGCUUCAGCACUAAGGUCGCCUACUACAUCGAGCAUGUGCCCUUCUGGCCGUUGAUGAUAGUCUUCGUCGCAUCUGCUAUCAUGCAGAACCUAUGUGAAGAUCAAAUUCGCAACCACGGUGGUGGUGGUAAGAAGACUGUCCAUCUCCUCACCUUCGCCGCUAACGCCCUUGGCAACGUCCUCGUGGUCUUCUUACCAGCAGCAAAGCCCCUGUGGAAAUGCGAUUGGAAACGUGCUGCUAUUCCCUCCGCUGUUGACAUCGUUUCUCAAGUCCUUCUCCAGUUUGGCAUCGUCUUGGCCGGCGCCCAGAUCUACACUAUGCUGUAUAACUCUUGCAUUGUGUGGACAGUUGUACUCUCCUUCAUCUUUCUAAAACAACGCUUCUCCAUAUGGCAGAUAGGAGCUAUUAUGAUCGUCAUUGCUGGUGUUGCCAUGAAGUCCUUCGUGAACUCCGUGGACGGCUCUCAUCAACUCGUGGUUGGGACUAUCCUAAUCUUAUGCGGUUGUUUCAUGCACUCCCUUACUAACAUCAUCAACGAAUACUAUAUCAAGAAGUACGACUUCCCUCCGACAAGACUAUGUGGUAUUAUAGGCAUUUACUCUAUAAUCGUCUAUACCUUCUACUUUAUCGGUUGGAGUUCAUGGAGAGUCGAAACGCAAAUCGUAGAUGAAAUCCACGAAGCUGGCUCGGACGUUGGCACAGUUAUGGGAUGGUAUGUACUUUUCGUAUUAUGUAACUUCCUGCAUGCGACUUGUUUCUUCCUGCUACUUGGAAGAAUCGGCAACGUCGGCACUGCUAUCGCCAAGGGCUUGAAAACUGGUAUUUACAUUUUCCUUUCUCACUUUAUGUAUUGUUCGCACAUUGAGAAGUACUGCCUUUUUCCGUUGGACCGCUGGCAAAGAGAUAUCACGCUGGCGUCCGCGUUGAUGUCGAUCUUUGGUGUUGUUGCUUAUGGUUAUGCUACGAAGAGAUACAAUGAGAAGAAGGCACGGAAGGCUGCUGAGGAGGAAGAUAUCCGAGGUUGA